AUGGCAGGACAAGCUGGAGGGAAAAAGAAGGAACCUCGUGGUGGGCAUAGCCGGACCAUACCAUUCCUAUGGAAAAUCGAAAUUCAUGUUACAGGUCCCCGCGGGGCCGUUGGCGGUUGCAGCACCCCCGGCAGUAGAGUGGAUCCCUGGUGGAAUCCUGGUUCCCUCUUCCCCUCGACCCCUGGGCCCCCAAGGAUCGACGAGGGGGCACCGGAUAACGGUAGCGGUGGUUUUCAAUUCUGUAGUCCACCGAAUCGUAACGCGAAUAGUCCAUCAUCGCACCAGUCUCAACAACAGCACCAGCAGCAACAUCAUCAUCAUCAUCACCAUCGUUCCAAUCAACGGCAUCACCAGAAUCAAUCGAACGCGAACAGGAACAUCUGUACGAGCUACAACAUCGGGCCGGGUUGCUCGUCUUCGUGCUCGUCGUCGAGCCUCGGUCGUCAGGUGGAUACGGUAGGGCGAGGUACUGAUGCCGUAGGUUCGCCAAACAGCGUAUACGGCAUCGCCUCGUCGUCACCGGAACCCUGUUCGGCAAGCAACCUAAUACUUUCGGCGCUCUUGACCACCACGUCGUCGACGGAGGGACGUAAUCAAGCGUCGCGUGCUGGUCCGGUGACCAGCAGCGGGCACACCGGCGCGUUACCAGCCGUCUCGACCACGUCGCACACUUCAACCAGCACCGGUCGUAACAUAGGCGCCGUUGGCGUCACCUCGCCAGAUUCCUUAAACGGAAUCCUAUCGUCUCUAAACGUUCGGAUCAAGACGGAGGAGUAUUCGAAAAUCCGUUCGGAGGAGCGAAGAACGACAAGCGCUAUAUUUUCAUCAGCGUCAACGUCGUUGUCUUCGUCCUCGACGUCCACCUUCAACGCUUCUCUGCUAAGCUCGUUGCUGUCGACAUCGCGGAUAUCGACGGCCACCUGCAGGAACGACAACGACGAGGACAUUCUGCCGCGAUCGUGCAUCAAACUCGAGUAUCCGUCCGCGGAUACGCAACGGAAUCAGGAACAGCAGCAAGAGGAACAGAAUCCGGUGCGGAAUAUCAAGGUAGAAUACCCUCUAAGUCAAUCGUCGCAGGACGUUCUGGAUACCGGCGAGGAGGAAGAAUUAACCGCCACGUCGCCAUACGACAUAAUCGCCGGCCAAGCCAGGUGCCUGUCGAAACAUACCGGCGGCAAGAGUCAAACAAGUUCCUUGGUCAAAGACGUGAUCGUACCACCCUGUACGGGCGGAGUUUCACCAAACUCCGACAUCGUGAUCGAGAUGAAGUACGAGACGCAAUCGGGUCCACCGGCAGCGCCGCCGCAUCUCACCUCCUCCGGGGUCGAGCCGCCUCACAGUAGCCAGGGAACUGGGAUCGUGGUCGGUGGAUCACCUGCCGAAGUGGUCGGCGUGGACAGUCUACUUUUGUCGCCGUGGGGAGCGACUGGACCGGAUUUCCUGGAACCUCCCGAUGUCAAGCAAACGGCAGCUGGUCUGCAGGAUGCGUGGGACACUCUUCUCCUCGGUUCAUCGGUCGGCGUAGCAUCGGCCCAGUCGUUGGCCGAGUUAAAACCUCUUCCACCCUUCACGGGAUACACGGGACACCUGAGCAUCAAUGGAAUACCCGGUCAUCAUUAUCACACGAUAGCCUCGUCCGCUCAGAGGCCCUCCUUACCUUCCUCUUCACCGACAUCUUCCUCGAAUCAGGAAUACUACGAGUCUCCCGUAGUAUCCUCCAGCACACCGUGCCCUCAGGGUAGUCAAAAGCAACAGCAACAGCAGCAUCACCAACACCAGCAGCAGCAGCAACAGCAACAACAACAGCAGCAGCAGCAACAGCACCAUCAUCAUCACCAACAGCAGCAGCUGCCGCAAUCCACUCAGCAAGUAGAUUACGACAUCGAGGACAUAGCGGAGAUCAUCGGUUCCGCGAUCGCCGACACGACGGUUCCUGGUGGUGGAAAUGGGCCAGGCUCGGAGCACGAUCCGGACGCGUCGCGCGACUGGAUCGACAUCGCCGAGUGGAUCGACACCGCUUGCUCGCCCAAGGCCCAAGAAACAACCUCGCCCAGCCCUUACUCGCAGAUAUACGCGACGGCGACACCCUCCACCCAGACCCAACAACACGGAUCGACAUUGCAGAGUCUGCUGACGCACGGUUACGCGCCUCUGCUCAACGCCAGGCUACAAUCCGCGAGUGCCGGUCUCCAAAAUGCCUCCUGCGGUGAAACCCCCUCAUCGACCAGUCCCUACCCACCUGUCAGUCCACCCGGCAGAGUCUCCACCUCGUGUAGUCCGGAUCACUUGUUGCACUCCUCGUUCGCCGCACCCUCGCAUCCGAGAAAAAGGUCGCGACCCACCCCGGGCUCCCAGAAUCCCUCGAAGAAGAGUCCUGGGACAGGCGCGACCGCGCUACCCUAUGGCACCGAGUCCGGAUUGAUCGGCGGCAAGGAGAAACCCGUCCACAGGUGCUCCAUCUGCAACAGAGGAUUCCUUAAUAAGAGCAACAUCAAGGUACACCUGAGAACGCACACGGGGGAGAAACCGUUCAGGUGCGAGGUGUGCGGCAAAGCGUUCCGACAAAAGGCGCAUCUGAUCAAGCAUCAACAAAUUCACAAGAGGAUCGGCAGGGAUUAG